AAAUGCAAGACGAUAAUGGACAAACUGUCAUACCUGUUUUCUAUGAUGUGGAUCCAUCAGAAGUUCGAAACCAGAGGGAGAGCUUUGCUGAAGCCUUUGUCAAACAUGAAUCAAUGUGUAAGGAUGAUGUUGAAGGAAUGCAGAAGGUGCAAGGAUGGAGGACUGCCCUAACUGCUGCCGCAAAUCUAAAAGGAUAUGACAUCCGCCAAGGGAUUGAGUCAAAGAAUAUUCAGCAGAUUGUCGAGCAAAUUUCUUCCAAAUUAUGCAAGAGUGCUUCUUUAUCUUCUUUGCGAGAUGUUGUGGGAAUGAAUGUUCAUUUAGAGAAAUUAAAGUCCCUAUUUGAUAUGGAAACUGAUGAUGUUCGGAUUGUGGGGAUAUGGGGCAUGGGAGGUGUUGGUGAUCUUGAUUGGUUUGGUAAUGGCAGUAGAGUUGUUGUAACAACUAGAAACAGACAUCUCAUAGAGAAGGAUGAUGCAAUCUAUGAAGUGACUACACUACCUGAUCAUGAAGCUACUCAAUUGUUCAAUCAACAUGCUUUCAAAAAAGAAGUUCCAAGUAAGUGUUUUAUGAAGCUUUCCUUCGAGGUAGUAAAUCAUGCUAAAGGCCUUCCUUUAGCCCUCAAAGUGUGGGGUUCUUUCUUACAUAAAAGGAAUAUAAAUGUGUGGAGAAGUGCUAUAGAGCGUAUGAAAAAUAACUCUAGUUUAGAAAUUAUUGACAAGCUCAAAAUUAGUUAUGAUGGACUGAGCCCAUACAACAAGACAUAUUUCUAGACAUAGCAUGCUUCUUACGAGGGAGGAAAAAAGAUGAGAUCAUGCAAAUUCUUGAGAGCCGUCAUAUUGAGCCGAAUAUGGAUUGGAUAGCCUAAUUGAAAAAUCCCUUGUGUUUCUAUCUGAAAAAGAUACAAUUGAAAUGCAUGAUUUAAUACAAGAUAUGGGUAAAUAUGUGGUGAACAUGCAAAAGGAACCGGGAGAACGUAGUAGACUGUGGGCUUUAAGAUUUCGAAGAAGUGGUGGUCAACAAUACGGGGACCAAAACAAUUGAAGCAAUCUGGUAUCCUUAUUUUAAUAAUAUUUCUUUUAGCAAAGAGGCCAUGAAAAAUAUGAAAAGGCUUAGGAUAUUAUACAUACGUGGGAACGUGAAUCCACAUAUCGAUGAUGGCUCCAAUUGCCAUGAUGGUUCCAUUGAGUACCUCCCCAACAACUUGCGUUGGUUUGUCUGGAAUCACUAUCCUUGGGAAUCACUGCCAGCUAGUUUUGAACCCAAAAGGCUUGUUCAUCUUCAACUCGUGUCCGGGCCCAUCGCAUUAUUUAUGGACGGAAGAAAGCAUUUUCCGUAUCUAC